CAAAAAAAGUAUGUUAAAAAACAUCAUCUGAAAGAUUCCAUAAUACUUUCUACCACACGCAAAGACGUUAUACCUGCAAAAGACGAUAUUUGUCAAGCAAGUGUCCGUUCCACCUCCUGCUCAUCGUGAUUGGCCCGUGUCAUGUACAAGUUAUUGCUUCCAUUUCGUAUCGCACAAAAGUCAGAAUCGACUUCUCAGAAGACAAUUGUGCACCUUGGAAUUCAGGACACCCAAUAGGCAGACAAGUGUGCUGACUCAGUCUGAGGAUGAAGAUUGUCGUGCUGGGAGCCACUGGGCAGACCGGACAGUACCUGGUCAACCAGGCGCUGCAGCAGGGUCAUCAGGUGACUGCUGUGGUUAGGAACCCGGACAAAAUGAGCGUGUCUCAUGAAAAUCUAACGGUGGUGGAGGCCAACAUUUUCUCUUCUGACAGUCUCAAGGCUCAUUUCAAAGGUCAGGACGUGGUCAUGUCCUGCCUCGGCUUCUCCGUCUCCUUCUUCAGCAGCGUGACGGGAUACACACUAUCAAUGAACGCCAUCAUCAGUGCCAUGCGAGAGGCCCGUGUGAACCGAAUCAUCACCAUGACGUCCUGGUACACUGAACCCAACUCUGGGGGCCGUGCCUCUUACCUGGUCCGAUUUCUGCUCCUGCCCAUGAUCCGAAGUGUCCUCACCAACCAGUUUGAGAUGGAGAAGUAUCUUGAGCAGGUGGACGACCUCCAGUGGACUGUGGUCCGUCCACCUGGACUCAGGACUCAGCCUGCCACAGCGCAAGAGUUUCUGACCCACGAAGGAUACUUUGUGCCCGACAGCAAUGGCAACCCUGCUGGCACUUUUGUUGCAAGAGGGGAUGUUGCACGGUUCAUGCUCUCGCUGAUCAACAGCAACGCCUGGGUGAAGAAAGGCGUCUCCAUGACGACCAAAUGAUGGAGAAUUGAUUAGUUCAAUACGGUUCUGUUGAUUGAAAACCCGGUAAAACCACAUAUAUCUUCAUUAAAGUGCGGUUUAUGUCAUCCUGACUUGGAUCUUACGUAAUCAUAUUGAAGAGGAAAGGAGCAAAAGAAAAGCAGUACUGAACAAAAUUGUGCAAUUCUCACAGGUUUGUAUCCAUUAUUGUUCUACCUUAGUCAUCAAAAUUUACAGCAAUAAAACCGAUCAAAUUCUGACUCAAAAGCAAGAAAAAAAAACAAAAAAAAAUACUGUGUGAAGUAAAUGACGUCUGGUUGCACUGGGGGUCAAUGGUUGACGGGGAGCGCAGACGAUGGUGUAGGUGCAGGAUCUGCAUGUGACAGUCUUGGUGGCAACACAUGGUCUGCGUGUGUUG